AUGGGAACCACUUCAGGACCAUCGUUCUUACCCGAGGACGGACUGCCGUACGGCAUGCCAAGCGGGGCACGCCCCGCGCUGCACCCUAGCACUCCCUUCGGUAAUCCUCCGGUAAUUCAGACUACGAUGGAAGCGGAGCUCUUGGCUCAAAUGAUUUCCCUUCGGAAGGAAAUGGCCAAGCUCCAAGAACAUAACAACCUCCUCACAUCCAAAACCCCCGGUCAGCAGAAGAAAGGGAAGAAGGGGGCAAAGGCAACGCCUGCGCCUUCCAAACAGCUAGUAGUCCCAGCCCCUCGGGACCAGCCCCAUAUACCAAAGAAAGUCUACGCCGACUGUGGUCAUCGGCUCAACAACAUGGAUGCCGAACGGCAGAGGUCCCCAGCCAGGAUCAACGCACACUUACGGGACUCACGAAUGAGGGUCCUUGGAGACAAAUCGCCCCUCCGAAAGGUCCAGGGUUUGGGGUCAGAGGCAGAGUCUGACGACGAGUAUGCCCCCUCCAAGGGCACCGAGUCACACUACCGUUCGGAAACUCCCACGGAGUUUUCGAAGGCAAGAGGACCGAGUCCGAGGAGAACCUCCGAAGACUAUAUUUCUGAGGAGAUCCCAAGCCGAGACCCUGAAAUCCGUCUGCUCUUCCAGAGAACCCAGGAGCCUAAUUGGGGAAAGCUUCGGCCAGGACCCUUUACGGAGCGCAUCAAGAAGUCCAGACCGGACAGGGAAGUACAGCCGUUGCGAAUACCAUUUUACACCGGCGUGGAAGACCUCUUAACGCACCUUCACUCCUUCCAAUCGGCAGUAGGAUGCAAGGGCCUCGGCGAUGAGGGACAAUGCCUACUAUUCCCAUCCUCCCUUACCGGAGCUGCUCUGAACUGGUUCUACCGUCUUGAACCAAGAACGGUAGACUCGUUCGACGAGCUAAAGCAGAUUUUUUGA